AUGUUGGCUGGUUGGAGGAGAGGCAGAGUUUCCAGGGGUGGGGGUGAGGGUGCUGGGGAGACAGGACGUGGGCCAUCAGUGAGCAGAAGAUUCCGUUCUGGGGACCUCCGUCGGGGAAGUCUACCACUAGGGGACCGGCCGACACGCACACUUCCUUUACCUUCUCCUCCGCCACUUGUCUCAGGACACUCGGCAUCAACCAGGUCUCUGGACCCUCCUCACUCUCCAGUUUGGCAAACACCAGCAGCUCCUCCAGAAGGUGGAUCAGAUCCUCGCAGCUGAAGAUCCC